GAGAUCUAUGACAACAUGAGUCCGGAUACGUGCUCUGGAAUGUCUUCUGCACUUCAGGAAGAGAACACAGCUUCACAUCACAAGAUCAAAUGCCUGCGAAAGAAGUUAGCGAGAGUCUACAGGAAACAAAAAAAGCAAAGAAACGACGGGAAUGUGACCCAAAGUGCUAUGAAACCCAAAAAGCUGAAGAUCAAAAAGGCCAAGAGAGAUCCUCUGGCUCAUUUUUCAAAGCGAAAAUCUACCAAAACAGCAAAAACUCCCCAAAUGCCAUUCUCGUGUUAUCCCACCAGGGCAGUGAUUGCCAAGCAGGCUGCUAGGAAAAAGUCUCAAAGGAAAAAGCAGCCGAAUAGAAAAGUUAAAGGUUUCUCCCAGGUCCGAAGGAGCUCAAGGAAGAGCAAAGCUGAGCUGCAGUCUGAAAAAAGGAAAAAGAUAGAUGAGCUGAUUGAGAGCGGGAAGGAAGAAGGCAUGAAGAUUGAUCUCAUUGACGGCAAAGGCAGGGGUGUGAUUACCACCAAGCGCUUCUCCCGGGGAGAUUUCGUGGUAGAAUACCAUGGGGACCUCAUUGAGAUCACUGAUGGCAAGAAGCGGGAAGCUCUGUACGAACAAGACCCCUCCACAGGUUGCUACAUGUACUAUUUUCAAUAUCUGAGCAAAACCUAUUGUGUGGAUGCUACUCGAGAAACAAACCGCCUGGGUAGAUUGAUCAAUCACAGUAAAUGUGGGAAUUGCCACACCAAACUGCAUGACAUCAAUGGUGUGCCUCACCUCAUCCUCAUUGCCUCCCGAGACAUUGCAGCUGGGGAAGAGCUCCUGUACGACUAUGGUGAUCGAAGCAAGGCUUCCAUUGAAGCCCACCCUUGGUUGAAGCAUUAA